UUUCAGGAGUAUGUGAAUUCGUGCUCUAGCACUGAAGCAGUAAAUAAGAAUAUAGUUCGGAAAAACAGUAAUAUACCGCCUGUCCGGAAAUCAUUCCGAAAAAUUAAAAAUCAGGACACUGCUUCAAUACUAUCCACUACCAACGGACAGAAUAAGACAUCUUAUUCAUCAACCAAAGUACCGACCAGUGCUUUUUGUCGCCUUCCAUCAGAACCACAUACUCGAAUGGCGACCACGGUACAACAUGCACCAAUGACUGCACCAUCAUCUUCUAAUUCUAAUCAUGCCACUGCUGGAGGCAAUGGUUCGCAUCCUAGUACACAAGUAUCCUCUCAUCAUGGAGCUCAUCCAAGUUCAAGCUCUCAUCAUGGUACUGGUGGUGGAUUUCAUGGAAGUCAUCGUUCUUCGAAUCUGAAUGCAACUCGUGUGCAAAGCAGAUCGCGAACCACUGAUGACCCACAUAUUGGAAAAUAUAAGUUGCUCAAAACGAUUGGCAAGGGAAAUUUUGCCAAAGUUAAACUAGCCAAGCACAUUCCUACAGGUAUCGAAGUUGCGAUUAAGAUAAUCGAUAAAACUGCUCUCAAUCCAGGCAGUCUACAUAAGUUAUUCCGGGAAGUAAAAAUAAUGAAACAGUUGGAUCAUCCGAAUAUUGUGAAACUUUACCAGGUGAUGGAAACUGAAAAUACACUGUACCUUGUAAUGGAAUAUGCAAGUGGCGGCGAGGUAUUCGAUUAUUUGGUAGCUCAUGGUAGAAUGAAAGAGAAGGAAGCAAGGGCUAAAUUUCGACAAAUUGUGUCAGCUGUACAAUAUCUGCAUCAAAAAAAUAUCAUACAUAGGGAUUUGAAGGCAGAGAAUUUACUGCUCGAUUCUGAUAUGAAUAUCAAAAUAGCUGAUUUUGGGUUCAGUAAUCAAUUCGUAAUAGGUAAUAAAUUGGACACGUUCUGUGGUAGUCCACCUUACGCAGCUCCAGAGUUAUUCCAGGGAAAAAAGUAUGAUGGACCAGAAGUGGAUGUUUGGAGUUUAGGAGUUAUUUUAUACACUCUUGUCUCGGGUAGUCUACCUUUCGAUGGACAAAAUUUGAAAGAAUUAAGAGAAAGAGUACUGAGAGGAAAAUAUCGAAUACCGUUUUACAUGUCAACUGACUGUGAAAAUCUUUUGAAAAAGUUCCUCGUACUUAAUCCAGCUCGUAGAGGAACAUUGGAGACAAUCAUGAAAGAUAGAUGGAUGAAUAUAGGUUAUGAAGAUGAUGAGUUGAAACCAUAUGUCGAACCACCGAAGGAUGUUAAAGAUGAAAAUCGAAUAGCCGUUAUUCAACAAAUGGGAUACAGUCGUAAUGCAAUAGUGGUAUCGCUCGACAAAGGUAGUUUCGAUGAUCUUCAUGCCACCUACAUUUUGCUGGGAGAGAAAAAACGCGAGCUUGAUGGAGAAGCUCUCCUAAACGCGCAACUGAAUCCUGCAUCAGCACAAAGUGUGGCUCAUGGAAUAACGCAGGGUCAAAGUCCGCAUACCCAAGUUCCCGCUUCUACUGGUUUUGCUAUGACCCAGAAGUUUGUGCCUCGUUCAACAUCAGCCCAGGUACCAUCAAUUAAGACACGACGCGGAUCACAAGAGCAAACGAUUGCACCAGCUGCUCAGCUUCCAACAACUCUUCUACCGUCGGAUAUUCAUGUCACAACACCACCUGGGACACAACGAGUCAUGUCUGGUGUAGCACCAGUUGCGAUGCGACACGUCGUUGGUCCACCAGGCGGUCGGCAAGCGCUUAGUAUGCAACCGGGUCAUAUAAUGCCUAAUUAUCCGUCGAAUGUAAUGCAAGCUGUUGGAAGUGGUGUACAAGCCGGUGCUGUUCCUGUUUCUGGAUUUAGGAAAGCUUCCGUUCCUGCACGGACACCACUAUCUAAUUUAGGAACCAGGGGGAUUUUACAACCGGGACCACGAUUUGUGUAUCCGACAAUUGAUACGAAAGGUUUGCCCAAGAGUAUCACUGGGUCGUCAUCUGCUCGUGGUACUCCAAGUUCACCAUUUUCUUCAAAUUCUGCACAGCAGAAGAUCACAUCACUGCAGAAAAGCGGUUCUAUUUCGGCGACGCCAAAUGAGCCGUCGAUCAAGGAGGAUGACAAUGAAAACGGUGAAUUGUUCGCUGGUAAUGGUGAUAGUGGGAAAGCUGAACCAGCAGUUACGACACACGCAACUACCGAUAAAGACGUCGAUAUUGGUCGUUACGGUGGUAGUGAUGCCGAUGAUGCAAAUGCUACCGCGGUUUCAUGGCAGCAGUCGCCUGCAUCAGCAACAGCUCCAAUAGUGGAACAGCCGGAAAAAAAGGGGAAAAAUAUCCAGAGCUGGAGUCAGAUAGAGUUUUUAGAAAUGGAGAAUCUAUCUUUGCAUUUUUAUAUUGAAACUCCUUCCGUGCUUCAUCAGAGCGCAUCUGCACAGGCAGUUGUUAAAAAUUCAGCAAUUAAUGAAACAUCGCCAUCUGCAUUGUUACCACAUUCACAGAAUAACAGUCCAAAGUUGACUAAAUCUGCAACUGGUACCGCUCUGAAUCCUGUUUCGGUGAUAGCGUCUUCCCCAGACACACAAACUGUGCCAUCAGCCGCGGUGUUAAGUACGCAUAAUACAGCAGUACAAAAUGCUGCCUUUCCUAGACAUACUCGUAACAGGCAAACAUUUCAUGGAAAAACGGAGCACAACAAGGGAAACAUGGAUGAUGACGUUGAAUCGGAAGUAGUACAUGGUACUGGUAACGCAUCGGGCAAUGGUGGUCCACGUGGAUCAUUUCUCUCCAAACUGUCCAAGCUUACUCGUCGGACACCAAUCGUGGGAAUUGCUGAAGGAUCUGCUCUCACCACGACGUCACCACCAACACCAAGUAGCACCAAUGAAAUGGUUAAACAUAGUGGUAGAAGUGGGACUAUUGGACCGACUACCGGUAUUGCUGGAUUUAAACGAUUAAACACUGCUCAGCAGCAUCAUGGUCAGUUUCUCAUGACACCAAAUGCAACACUGGGCGCUGGCUGUGAUAUGUCAAAUGGUGAUGAAGUGAAACCACGAUCAUUGCGGUUCACGUGGAGUAUGAAAACUACGAGUUCUUUAGCACCCGAAGAAAUGAUGAAGGAAAUUCGGAAAGUUUUGGACCAAAACAAUUGUGAUUAUGAACAACGUGAGAGAUAUUUAUUAUUAUGCGUACAUGGUGAUCCCAAUACCGACUCGCUGGUACAAUGGGAAAUGGAAGUCUGCAAACUGCCAAGACUGAGCCUAAAUGGUGUUCGAUUCAAACGAAUAUCGGGGACAUCCAUUGGCUUUAAGAAUAUUGCAUCGAAAAUAGCACAGGAGCUGAAUUUGUGA